UGGCUGUAUUAGAGAUAAGAAUUUUAUUAAUAAUUUCAGACGACAAUACAAGUUUUUUACGUUUCAACUAUAGUGAUUGAAAAAAAAUAUCAGUCUCGAAGGUCGUGACGUUAAACGUGUAUGGCCGUGGAUAACUAUGUCUGCUACUUGUCAAAGUAAAAUAUUAUGAUUGUUCGGUUAUCGAAAAAUAAAGCAGUCAUAACGUUUCAAGAUGGCCAAUUGGACUGCUUUCACUUCCGACAGCUCCCCCAAGGUGCCAAAUCGUCCCGCUCCCCCACCUCCCAAAGUGAACAAGCCUUUAUUAGCAAAAGUUCUUUCUUUGAAACAGUCAAAAUCUCUCAAUGGUUUUCAACAACCUGUCAAGAAGAAACCUCCGCCUAGACCACCUCCCCCUAAAUUUGCACAAACACCUAAACACCAAGGAAAAUCUGKUUUGUCAUCUUUAAUUGGAUUUAAAACGAAGCAUACUGUCCCAACACCUUCUUGGGUUGCAAAACCCAAUGAAAUACCUAAGUCUUCAAGUACUUCUCAGAUGGUGGGUUGUCUUAUAGACUUUGGUUCACCUCAAACAUCUCCUACAUCUACUCAUAAAUCUAGUAGUGAUGGAAAUAGUGUUGAUAGCUUCAACAGUGAUUUUGGGCCAUGGAAAGGUUCUCAAGCUGAAAGCAGUGGUUUUGAAGAUGAUUUUGAUUUAUUAUGUUCAAAUGCAGAUAUGGAUUAUUUCAAAAAUCGUUUUUCAAUUGAAAGUUCAUUACCACCACCUUCAUUACCGCCACCAAUGUUACCACCAGAUGCCCUAAAUGUAUUAUUAAAUGGUCCUAAAUUACCUCCAAGACCAAAUGAGAUGGAAACUCAACUAUCAAAAUCACAGUCGAAGUGUAUUGCUCAAUAUGAUUACUUGUCUGGUCAUGCAGAUGAUCUAGAUUUUAAGAAAGGAGAUGAAAUUUUUAUAACACGGUGUGUUAACGAUGAAUGGUUAGAAGGAACAUUGAAUGACCACACUGGAAUAUUUCCCAUUAGUUAUGUUGAAGUUACUGAACCGUUACCCAAAGAAUCUCUAACCAACCAAGAAAUCCGCAAAGUAAUAGCUGUGUUUGCAUUCAAACCAGAAUGCUGGGAGGAUCUAAGUAUACAAGAAGGCGAUCAAAUUCAAGUAUUAAGAAGAAUCAAUGAAAAUUGGUUGUACGGGGAAUGUAAUGGAUCUAAAGGUCAAUUCCCAUCAAAUUUUGUYACCGAACUACCUGAUGAUUUAUAAGAAGCAUAUUGUGAUAUUAAAAUAAAAUACAUAUACAUAUUUACCAAAUUAAUUAAUUUUAAUACCUAUUUUUUUAUU